AUGACAGACCGUGGCUACCGCAACCUCAAUAACUCUGUCCUGCGUCUAUUAUCGAACGCGCUCAAAGAUGACCCUACUGUAGACCUCAAGAAGGUCCUGCACAAGGCAUGCACUACACUACAUAUCCAGGAACGUCUUAAGAAACGGCUGAAAGACAAGUCUCCGGCAGUACUCUUUUUUGCUAUUGGAAUAAAGUCUACUCUGUCUAGAUGCCAAGGAGGGGGAGCAGUCAGAACUCGUAAUGAUAUAAUAUUCCUGCACACUUUCUUACGCCGCCGCCCCUGCUUCCACCGUGCACUGUUUACGUGUUAUCUCCUGGAGUUUACGAUAUACUUGAUGUACCAUUGGACGAGCACCAUCAUACACCGCAUCUCCGCCGGGACGCCCAUAGGGGAAGGUAGCAGUCGCACUGUGGUCCAAAUCAGCAACGACGUCGUUGUAAAAGUCGGAAAAGACCUUGACCACGACGAGAGUGGAUUCCUGAAGUUCCUGGCAGAACAAGUUCCCGGUGUUCCAGCUCCCCGAGUUUUGGGACUGAUCACUAUUGGGUCAACUUCGUAUAUGUUUAUGACCCGCAUUCGCGGUACUACCCUCGAGCAACGCUGGCCGACACUCUCUGAAGAAGUAAAGAAGAGUAUCCGGACGACCUUGGACCACAUUCUGCAACUUUUGCGAAGCGUUGCAGUACUACACGGAGCACCCCUUGGCUCGCCUUGUGGACGGCGCUUAUGCAAGGAUGUUCGGAUGAGCACUCGGACUGGUUUGAGGUCCAUAUACGACGAGACUGACUUCGACGACUUCCUCCUUACCUCGCCCUCCCCUCGGGCAUCACAAGGAUACAGGAACUGGCUGCGCUCGCUGAUGAGGGACGACCAUCACAUUGACCUCACCCAUGGAGACUUUCAUCCUCGCAAUAUCGUAGUCGGAGAUGGGCCUGAUGGAAUAACUACCGCGGUAAAUACACGAGCCAUCACUGACCCAAGCGAUUGGUGGGAUCAUCUACCUGAGACUAUCCUUGGUUGCGAGCGUGACGUGGCAGUAGAUCGACUUCUUGAGCGAACUGGCACCUGGCGAGUAUUUGCUUAUCUUGUUGUCCCCUGCUGA